CUUUUAGGGUAGGAGCGGAGAGUCCGUGUAGUGACAUGAAGCGUGCAGCCGCCAAAAUGUUAAUAGAGCGUUAUUUUUAUCAAUUAACCGAUGGCUGUGGUAAUUCUCAGUGCGACAAUCAACACUGCGCCUCUAGCGGCAAGGUAACUAAUUUGACGCCAAAUCAGGCGGCAGCGCAAGCAAUUCAAUUAUUUUCACAAGAAGCCCGUCUUUGCGACGGAACACAGCCAAACAAAAUACCUCGAACAGCAUCCGCGAUUAAUAAUAAUAAUAAUAAUAAUAAUACUAACAGUAAUAGUAAUAGUAAUAAUAGUGUUAUAAAUAAUCACAAUAGUAAUUCAACUACAACGUCAUUAACGGAAUCAGGUCCCGCGUUAUUGGCUAAAAGUUUGCCGAAUAAAACUAUGAACCCGUCGAGUUCCGUUGAAGGAAAACAAAUUCCAUAUCUAACAGAAUCAAAACUUAUGGACAUAAUAGAGCACUGUAAAUCAGAGGGCUCUUACUCAAAGCUGAUAAGAACUUUAGGAGAAGUUUUUUCUUCUUCGGAAGCGCUCGGUCGGAGUUUUCAGAAGGCCGAAAAAAAUGAUUCGCCAUUGGCGGCGCUGCUUGACCGAGCGCCCGAGUCGUUACUAAAGCAGCCGAGAGACCUCAGUAAGGAAGCUGUGAGAUCCCUGCAAGGCGAAGACAAGGACAUCGACAGCAGCGACCCUUCUCCGACUUUGCCAAGUGUAGAUGACACUACUGUCGACUUAGAGGCUGUAAGACGCUCAUUUGCGGCUCUUAUGACUCUACCAGGUGAAGAAUUCGAGUCAGCUCUAGUCAAUGCAUUAGUAACCCUAGCGGACAGCAUAGAACUUGACUUACGAGUGUUCGGAAUAAUGCCAGCGGACUCAACAGACACUUUAUUAAACGUGUUCCUGAUAGUCUUCGAGAUCCCGGUGCUGGGGUCCUCAGAGUACCUGGAGUACGCGUUCCACAUGUUGUGCAAAGCAGUGAGCUGCUUGCCAGUAGCAGCUCAGGCGAAGUUAGCACGAGUGUGGGCGCGACACUGCAAGUCCCGGCUGGUGAGUCUUCUCCAGGCGCUCCAGCAGCUGAUCACGGUGAAGGUCAUCGGCGGGACCUUCUCCAGGGACUACUGCAUCCAGGACGCGGACACGAUAACAGCGCCGACCAAAGUCAUGAAAAUCUUGUACUACGCCAGCAUGCUCGCUGGAGAACUGGACCCGGUAGAUGGCGUUGCAGAAAAGGAGAGUCUAACUCCUAGAAGCGACAACGAGAAACUCUUCUCCAACAGAAUUGUCUCCUUGUCCAGCUUGUCCGCCGGGUCCUCCACCAGCGCCAGCGCUUUUACUAAAGACCCUCUAGCGGUGGAACUUGGAAUCUCGGUACUAGAUGCCAGGACGCCGUUCAUCAGCUUCACUGAUUUUUACAACGAGCUCCUCAGUGACUCUGUCGAGAUGGACAAGGACUUUGCGUACUACAAGAGCGAGCAACCAAAAAAAUUCAGUUUUAUGAACUACGCGUUCAUACUUACCCCCGCCACCAAGACUCUCGGGUUGUACUAUGAUAAUAGGAUAAGGAUGUACAGUGAGAGGAGGAUGAGCUUCUUUCAGUCUUUUGUUGGGCAGCCUACUAAUCCAUAUUUAAGGCUUAAGGUUCGUCGUGACUAUAUAAUAGACGACGCACUAGUGGAACUCGAAAUGAUAGCAACAGAGAACCCAACAGACCUAAAAAAGCAACUAGUCGUAGAAUUCGAGGGCGAGCAGGGGGUAGAUGAAGGCGGAGUAUCCAAAGAAUUUUUCCAGCUAGUCGUCGAGGAAAUCUUCAACCCGGACUACGGGAUGUUCACUACCCAGGAGGAGACCCAGACCACCUGGUUCAACCCGACCUCCUUCGAGAGCGACGCCCAAUUCACCUUGAUCGGAGUCGUCCUGGGUCUCGCGAUCUACAACAACGUCAUCCUGGACGUCCGCUUUCCCAUGGUCGUUUACCGGAAGCUCUUAGGCAGGAAGGGGUGCUUCGCGGACCUCAAGGACUGGAGCCCUACGCUCUAUCGCACCCUUACGGAGAUGUUGGAGUAUCCUGGAGAUGAUAUGCCUGAUACUUUUAUGCAGACUUUUAGAGUUGGUUACAAAGACGUAUUUGGAUCAGUCUUAUACCACGAAUUAUGUGAAAAUGGCGAUGAAGUAUACGUGAACCAAGAAAACAAACGGGAGUUCCUUGACUCUUACGCAGAUUUUCUCCUGAACCAAUCAGUGGCUAGGCAAUUCAAAGCUUUCCGCCACGGGUUCCAGAUGGUGACUGAUGAGAGCCCUUUAGGGCUUCUCUUCCGGCCGGAAGAGAUCGAGCAGCUGGUCUGCGGCUCUAAAGUAUUCGACUUUGCGGAGCUAGAGGCCUCUACGGAGUACGACGGCUACACAGUAGAGAGCGAGGCGAUAAAGAACUUCUGGCGAGUGGCUCACUCUCUUCCACUCGAGAGUCAGCGGCGCCUCCUGCAGUUCACCACCGGAAGCGAUAGAGUUCCAGUAGGAGGACUCUCUAGGCUCAAGAUGGUCAUUUCACGUCAUGGACCCGAUUCUGAUCGAAGGUCGAAAUAA